CGGCGGGCGGCGGGUCGCGCGGGCAUGGAGCAGCGGGACGGCGGCGACGCGGGCCGCGCAGGGCCGGCCGGGGACCCGCAAGCGGCCGCGGCGCUGCUGACGCCCAUGGAGCUGGGCGAGGAGCCGUUGGAGAAGGCGGCGCGCGCGCGCACGGCCAAGGACCCCAACACCUACAAAGUGCUGUCGCUGGUUUUGUCAGUAUGUGUUCUAACGACAAUCCUCGGUUGUAUAUUUGGGUUGAAACCAAGCUGUUCCAGAGAAGUAAAAAGCUGCAAAGGCCGCUGUUUCGAGAGGACCUUUGGGAACUGUCGCUGCGAUUCUGCCUGCGUGGACUUCGGAAACUGCUGCUUGGACUACCAGGAGACCUGCUUAGAGCCGGCGCACAUAUGGACCUGCAACAAGUUCCGCUGUGGGGAGAAGAGGGUGCCCCACAACCUCUGCUCCUGUUCCGACGACUGCAAGGACCAUGAUGACUGCUGCGUCAACUACAGCUCCAUGUGCCAAGAUGAGAAAAGCUGGCUCGAAGCACCGUGUGAGAGAAUUAACACACCACAGUGCCCAGCAGGGUUUGACGCACCUCCUACCCUCUUAUUUUCUUUGGAUGGAUUCAGGGCAGAAUAUUUACACACCUGGGGCGGACUUCUUCCUGUUAUUAGCAAACUAAAGAACUGCGGGACGUAUACCAAAAAUAUGAGACCUGUGUACCCCACGAAAACCUUUCCCAAUCACUACACCAUCGUCACAGGUCUUUAUCCAGAAUCCCACGGCAUAAUUGACAAUAGGAUGUUUGAUCCUCAAAUGAAUGCUUCCUUUUCAUUUAAAACGAAACAGAAAUUCAACCCCCAGUGGUACCAAGGAGAGCCAAUCUGGCUCACAGCUAAAUACCAGCACCUCAUAUCUGGCACCUUCUUUUGGCCCGGAUCGGAUGUGGAAAUUAAUGGAAAUUUCCCAGACUUCUACGAGGUGUACAACAGUUCCAUACCAUUUGAAAAAAGAAUCUUAGGUGUUCUUGACUGGUUACAACUUCCACAAGGGGAAAGACCACACUUUUACACUCUGUAUUUAGAAGAACCCGAUUCUGCAGGUCAUUUCUACGGACCAGUCAGCGGCGAAGUCAUCAAGGCCCUGCAGAGAGUGGACAGCAUGGUGGGCAUGCUGAUGGAGGGCCUCAGGGAGCUCAAGCUGGAUAAAUGCCUCAACCUCCUGCUGGUUUCGGAUCACGGCAUGGAACAAGACAGUUGUAAAAAGUACGUGUACCUGAAUAAAUAUCUAGGAGAUGUUACAAAUAUCAAAGUGACCUAUGGACCUGCUGCUCGAUUGAGACUCUCUGAUGUUCUGAACGAGUACUCCACAUUUGAUUAUGAAGGCCUUGCCAGAAAUCUCUCCUGUCGGGAGCCCAAGCAGCACUUCAAACCUUACCUGAAACAGUUCCUCCCCAAGCGUUUUCACUUUGCCAACAACGACAGGAUCGAGCCCCUGACUUUCUACCUGGACCCGCAGUGGCAGCUUGCACUGGACCCCACGGAAAGGAAACAUUGUGGAGGUGGAUUUCAUGGUUCUGACAAUAUAUUUUCAAAUAUGCAAGCUCUCUUUAUUGGCUAUGGACCUGGAUUCAAGCAUGGCGUUGAGGUCGACACCUUCGAGAAUAUUGAACUCUACAACUUAAUGUGUGAUUUACUGAAGUUGACACCUGCUCCGAAUAAUGGAACUCACGGAAGUCUUAACCAUCUCCUAAAGCAUCCUGUUUACACCCCAAAGCACCCCAAGGAAGCGCAGUCCCUGGGGAAGUGCCCCAUCACAGGGACCCCCCGAGACGGCCUGGGCUGCUCCUGUGACCCUGCGAUUUCGCCUGUUGAGGAUUUUCAGAUACAGUUUAACCUGACCAGGACGGAAGAGAAGAACAUUGACCGGGGAGCUCUGCCCUACGGACGGCCCCGACUCGUGCAGAGGAAGGGCAGCGUGUGUCUGCUCUACCACCACCAGUUCGUGAGCGGGUACAGCCUGGACAUCCUCAUGCCGCUGUGGGCAUCCUACACCGUGGACAAAAAUGACAGGUUCUCUGUAGGAGACUUCUCCAACUGUGUGUUCCAGGACCUUCGGAUCCCUCUGAGUCCUCUCCAUAAAUGUUCCUUUUAUAAGAACAACGCCAAACUGAGUUAUGGGUUCCUGGCCCCGCCACAACUAAGUAAAUAUGCAAGUCAAAUAUAUUCCGAAGCGUUGCUUACUACGAAUAUCGUGCCCAUGUACCCGAGUUUUCAAGUCAUCUGGCGCUACCUUCAUGACACCCUGCUGCCGAGGCUGGCCAAGGAGAAGAACGGCAUCAACGUGGUCAGCGGCCCUGUGUUCGACUCCGACUUCGAUGGCCACAGCGACACAGCGGAGACACUGAAACAAAACAGAAGAUUCAUCCGUAACCAGGAAGUUCUGAUCCCCACCCACUUCUUCAUGGUGCUGACCAGCUGUAAGAACACCCUGGGGACCCCGUUGUACUGCACCGAGCUGGACACCAUGGCCUUCAUCUUGCCUCACAGGCCCGAUAACAGCGAGAGCUGCACCCAUGAGAAGAGCGAAUCUUCCUGGAUCGAAGAGCUGUUAAGGAUGCACAGAGCACGGGUUAUAGAUGUUGAAGCCAUCACUGGACUCAGCUUCUAUCAAGAAAGAAAACAGCCAGUUUCAGACAUUUUGAAGUUGAAAACACAUUUGCCAAUCUUUAGUGAAGAAGACUGAUUUUUUAAAUUCCAAAACAAACAAACAAACAAACAAAAGCAAAAAAAAAAAAAAAAAACCCCAAAAUGUGCCAUGAGUCUUUCUGAGAGAAUCUUGUAUUUCUUAUAGUCCUGCACCCACGCGGUCACAUUGUCUAGAAUUGGCGAGCAGAGCUAACACCAGGACUCUUCUGUGAUCGGACAUCUCAGGUAACCUUGUGGAUGCAGCCCAGCAUGGGGAAGUGUUCCUGUCCUGUCUCUUGCAGAUGAGAUGAGGAAGAUUUGUAUGCUGCGUUGUUCUUCAGGGAGGAAAGACAGACCUUACCCCGACCGCUCUUCUGUUUCCCCUCACAGAGCAGAAGCUGUGAAGACCGUCUGAGCCCAGACAUUAGAAUUGUGUUAUUGACAGUGACCCUCGUGGUGUUGGGAACACUAGUUAAUAGGAUUGGCACAGUCCAUGUUACAUUAGUAUCUCUACAAGAAUUUAAAAGUGGUUCUGUAUUCUUUUUAACUUGGGGUUUUGUUAUGUGGUGUUUUUUUUUUUUAACUUUUAAUCAAAAAAUGAAUAGAAGCCAAAAUAUUACUGAACUCCUCUUUUUUAUCUUUUUUGUAUUCCCCCUCAAAAGCCAAGUUUUUAAUCUUGUGGAUUUUUAAAAGACAAAAUUGUGUUGGAUUUCUUCAGCUUUAAUGACUAUAGUGAGUUACACUUGGAGAGAUUUGAGUAGAGCAUAUCUACCUAUUACACUAUUUUACUUUGGUACAGAAUGUUGCAUUCUGUUCACUGGUAAUUAAUAGAAAUUGAAUUAGCCCUCAAUGUGGUUCUUUUAGACUGUUAACACUGAGUCUUUACUGGGUGAAAUUUUAGGGUGAAACCUGUUGGCACAGAUGGGGUGGCGUUGAUCAGAGUCCUGGUGGCCAGAAAGAUUUCUCAAAGCACAAGAAUGACCCCUGCAGCUGCAGAGCUGUUCUGUGCCCAGCUGGUCACCCGGGAGCUCAGUGCAUUUGGAAAGAACGUGUCACCUAUCACUUUACACUGUUGCUGAGGACCUGACAACUGACAAAACAAACCUGAUUUCCCCUGUUGCAUCCGCUAGGCUUUCAUUCUAACAUGUGAACCUUCAAAGGCUACUUUAGUUGCUUAACCUGAGUCCAAUUUAGACACUGUAUUUGUACACCAAAGAUUUUUAUACGCCCUUCCUAGGAUAAUCAUCCUUUAGCUGUCAUGAGGCUAGCCUCAAGGACCUGUAGAUAAUGUAAUUUGCAACUAAAAUAUAUUAAACAUUUUAGAAAUUUUCA